UGCUUCUGAUUGGCUGAGAGUGAAAUGGGAGGGGCGCAUUAUUCAAGCUGAUGCUCUUGAGAAACUUUUGUGUCUCGAAAUAGUAACAGACUGUCUUUCUUUCCAGCACAAAAACACAGUCCAGUGGAACCCACAAUCCACCAGCUGAAGCAGAGACCUGAAACUCCGUCAUCAUGUCCAGCAAGCGAGCAAAGGGAAAGACCACUAAGAAGAGGCCACAGAGAGCCACUUCAAACGUGUUCGCCAUGUUUGACCAGUCACAGAUCCAGGAGUUCAAGGAGGCCUUCAACAUGAUCGACCAGAACCGAGACGGAUUCAUCGAUAAAGAGGAUCUCCAUGACAUGCUGGCCUCUUUGGGUAAGAACCCGUCUGAAGAUUACCUGGAUGGGAUGAUGAGUGAAGCUCCGGGGCCCAUCAAUUUCACCAUGUUCCUCACUAUGUUUGGAGAACGGCUCAACGGAACCGACCCGGAGGACGUCAUCAGGAAUGCUUUCGCCUGCUUCGACGAGGAAGGAUCCGGUUUCAUUCAUGAAGACCACCUGCGAGAGCUGCUGACCACCAUGGGAGAUCGUUUCACAGAUGAAGAUGUGGACGAACUCUUCAGAGAGGCUCCCAUUGACAAAAAGGGCAACUUUAACUAUGGCGAAUUCACCCGGAUUCUCAAACAUGGGGCCAAAGAAAAAGAUGACAUGUAGACGAUCAGAGAGCAUCAGCCGCAGCUGCACAGCGCUUUACAAACACAUCAGCAUCUAGAACUCAAGAAAAAUACCACAUUUCAUGUAAAAAAAAUAUUCAGUGAUCUAUAAAAAAAAAAAGUAUUUUUUCUCCAGAUGCAUGUAAUAUGACCAGAUUAUUUUGCUAAGAAUCUGUGCAAUGUAAUAUUCAGCUGCGGCUGUAUGUCUUGAGCUUUCUGAAUCUGUGCAACUCAGAAAUGAAAUUAUACAUUGGAGAUGUCAUAAACCUGU